ACAGAGCUUUAGAACCAGAAACUCAACAGCUCUAGUCAAUUACUUAGCAACAAGACGCUUAGCAACAAGACAAGCAACGACCAAUUACAACCACAAAUUACAACUCUCAACCUCUACAACAAAAACAACUUACAUAAAACCCACCAUCACCAAAACAACAAUCACAAUGUCCGACCGACGUAUCUCAACCUACUCUCACCCAGCCUACCCUCUCACCACCACCAAAGGCAUCCUCAGCCCCUCCUACCGCGCCAACCGCGCCCGCGCCCACACCCCGUGGUACCAGCGCAGCGCCUCCGCGCACCACCGGCCCCUCGGCGCCUUCGCCGACACCCAGCCGUACACGCCGGCGCACUCCUUCAACCCGAAGGCAGAGGGCGAGUACGAGCGCGAGGAGGCGCGCAAGCAAGCAGAGUGGCUCGAGUGGCAGGGCCAUCUCGCCACGACGGGCGGCCCGCCGACCGCUUCCCUCGCAAGAGCCCGGGUUGCGGGAGGUGAUGGAAUAGAGAGUAUUGGACUCUGCGGCGUGGUGCAGAAGUGGUACUUAGCAAUGAUGGUGGUGAUCAUGGCAUGGCUCGCGGCUUUCGACGAGGUGAAGCAGAAGUACGCGGUGAUUUUCGACCGCUGGUAUUGGUUGCGCCUGACGGCGUACCGGCAGAGUCGCUGGCCGUGCACGUUUCGGGACAUCCGGCAUUGGAUCAAGAUCCUUCUCAUCGUUGCUUUUGUGACGUUCGUGGCGAAGAGCGGAUGGGAUGAGCGGCGCGCUUUGGCGCGGGAUGAGCCAAGUGUGGUGUAUCGUCCUCUGCGCGAGUAUCAGAUCUGGUCAGUGACGAAGCCUAAGUGUUCCGUCCAGUGCCGUGCUCUUUGCGACGCACCCUGGGAGCGAGGAAUGGAGGACUGAAUAGAGGGAUUUGGAUAUCUGGUGUUCUGGCUAGGAAACCUUGGGUUUAGAAAUGCGUUGCUAUUUCGCUGUCUCUAACCCCCGAUGACGACGAUACCCUAUAGAUUCGGUUAGUUGUUCAGGUUUCUAGAUACACAGAGGAGAGCCAGGCAAAUCCUGUUAGUACGGGUUGUCUUUAAU